AUGAUUGACAUUCGGAACAAGGUUCGCUUCCGAUAUAUAUGAGAGGGUCUAACUAGACAGAAAUUAAUGUUGUAUUAACCUUCUCAGUGUCGAUAUGGGAAGAUGUGUAUACGUUAUUGAUAACAUAUAAAUUAUUUGUAUAUUAACUUGGAAUUAAAUUAGAUGUAAUUUAUAUUGUCUGCAUUUUUCAUGGACAUAAAUUUUAACUGUAUAUUUAAAAUGGAAUUACAACGUUGCAUUUUAGCGCUAAUUAUACCUAUCGUCUUUGGUUACAGUACCUACCCUAGACGCUAUACCCGGGAUAGCGACUGGGGGGACUGUCCUUCACAGUGUCAGUGUGUAACAUUAAAUUCUAGAGGCCCACGGGAUUUGUUUUCAGACUGGGCAAGUGAUGAACCCUGGUAUACCAAGACGUCUUUAGAUAUAAAUUAUCAGCAGGAUUCUGGUUCAGACACUACAGGACGUAGCAUGAUCUGUCAGGGUCUACGUCAGCUUCCAACACCACUUCCAAAAGACGUCACUAAGAUGGUCAUCUACGGGGAUAGCAGUCACGUGGCCGAGCAAUCGAGACAGCGCGAUUCCCCACAAGAUCAGCACUCGAAGACGAUAUCAGAUACCCAGCUCCGAUAUAUCGACAGACAUGCGUUCCGUGGAAAUGCAUUGCUUCGUGAAUUGAUCUUAUCUGGCAACAAUAUUGGCGUUUUGUACCCAUUUAUUUUCCAUGGAUUGAGAAACCUGAAUAUAUUAUCCAUUCAAAACAAUAAUGUUCAACAUUUGUCAGCUGCCGUUUUUAACGGACUCAGUCAGCUACAGGAAUUGAAACUAAGUGAUAAUAAGAUCCGGUUCCUCCCGUCUACUGUCUUCACUUACCUUGUCGAUAUGAAGGCUCUGUAUCUAAAUGGAAAUAAGCUCAGAUCUGUACAAAAAGAGUUGUUUUCUUCUAUGACAAAACUAGAAAAACUUGAUCUGUCCAGGAAUAAUAUAUCUGAUUUCUAUGACGAGGUGUUCGACCAAAACAUGGCUUUGAAAGAGCUGUUACUUGAUGGCAAUAGACUGUGGACGAUCAGACCGAGGUGGUUUAAGAACUUAUACGCCCUUCAGAGCUUGUCAAUACGAGGUAACGAAAUUACACAGUUAUACCCGGACUCCUUCAUGAACUUGAUGAACUUACAGGACUUACUGUUAUCUGCGAACCAUAUUAGUUUAAUUCAUGCAGGUGCGUUUAGAAAUUUGCAGGAUUUGAAGGUUUUAGAUUUGUCAACAAAUGAUUUACCGGAAGUGUCGAAAGCAAAUCUUCUUGACCUAAAUGCACUAAGGGAAUUAUACCUUUCUUCGAAUAGACUAACAAAUCUUGGGAACAAUACGUUUGAAAAGAUUGAAACUCUUACACGGUUAGAUGUUUCUAGGAACGACAUAGGAGAUAUAGAACAAAGAGUCUUCGCAUCCCUCCGACAACUUCAGUAUCUAGACCUAUCACAUAACAAAUUACAGCAGAUCAUAAAGGGGAUAUUUACAGGAUUAAAGGAGAUAAAAGAAUUAAAAAUAAAUGACAAUUUCGUCAGCGUUAUAGAAAAUGAGGCAUUUAAUUUCAAUGAGAAAGAUCAUUUAUCAAAACUCUCCUCACUUAACCUUGCUAACAACAAUCUCAAGAGAUUAUCCGCACUUACUUUCCGAGGAAUUCCGAACCUUAAAGUGUUAAAUGUAGAAAAUAACAAACUUAGACGAAUGCAUAGCAUGGCAUUUGUGGAAUUCACAAAACUCGCCUCACUUUCUUUAAGGAAGAACAAGAUUAAGAACCUGAAUAAUGGCAUUUUCCAUAACCUAAAACACUUAAUAGAUUUAGAUAUUUCAGAAAACAAAGUGAAACAAAUAAGCGGCAACAUGUUUAUCGGACUUGACAAUUUAGAAGAACUUGACAUUGGUAAAAACCAAAUUCGAUCAAUAGAUAAAGAUGCAUUUAAAGGUUGUCCAAACGCCGUAGAAAUUGACCUUCAACAUAAUAUGCUGAUAAGUUUUAAUUUUACAAUCCUGGAACAUUUGCCUCAGAUUACUACACUUGAUUUGAGUAAUAAUCAAAUCUUCUGGGUGGACGUGAAAGCUAACUUGUAUUUAAGACUGAAAGACUUGGUUCUAUCCCAUAAUAACCUGCAGACGAUGAGUAAACGAAUAGUGAACCUGCUGGGAUCGUCAUCCUUAAUGUCCAUCCAGGGGAAUCCAUGGAAAUGUGAUUGUAACCUUGGCUGGAUAAUGGACCCCUCCAUCAACAAACGGGUCAAAUUCGACAUGUUAGACGAAGCCAUGUGUAAGACUCCAUCAAAACUCCAUGGAUGGAAGAUUUCAGAUCUUACCACAAAAGAUUUCACGUGUAAACAACAUAGUAACGACAGAGAGCGAGUAGAUGUCACGUGCAGUGACGGACCAUUCAACAAAAAGACGUUCAAUGAUAAAAAAGCAAUGAAUCGAAAGUUGAUAAAUAAGCAUGUGACCGUGUAUGACUGGAGAAAUGCUCCCGUUUCCAAUGGAAUUCUUGUAGCCGAAAACUGGGCGCUGGUUGCAGCAACAGCUCUAGAUCAUGUACCAGUCAAUGAAAUAAUCGUAAAAAUAGGCCAUGGCAAACUUAAGGCAAAAGUAAUGAGCGUAAUCAAACACCCGUUGCUAUCGCUGAAAAUGCAGAAUUACGACAUUGCUUUACUGCAGUUGGGACCAGAAAAAAUCAACGAUUUUGAUGGAACAAUUCCGUGUUUUCUUACACAACGGCAAUUCAAAACCAUUACAAAAAUAAUUCCAAGAUUUACUGUUACAGCACGAAUAAGAAAAGGCGCCAAAUCAAAACUUAAAAUACGAAAAGGAAAGCUAGUACGGUCGUGUAAAGAAACAGAUUAUUUGUGUUCCUAUUUAAAGAAACCAAAACAAAAAACAGAUAUGUUAUUGAAUGGAUCACCUCUGUAUGUUGGACAUCAAAACAAUUUACAAUUAGCAGGUAUAGGUUUACAACCAUCAUUGUCACAUGACAUGAAUCAAGCUAAAUUCAUUCCGUUGUGGAAGAUAUCAGACUGGGUUAGUACUGUGAUGCAGGAGUACAAUAAAAAGUGUCAUAUUAACAAGAAAAAUAAACUUGUAUGUUCACAACUUAAUCUACCACAUGCUAAUGAUUUAUACGCAAAAAUGCAACACAAAGAAAUCCACUGAGAAGUUCUGCAUUGUAAACAGAGUUUGGUAAUUAUCAGACAUUCCCAUUCAAGCAUACAUUGAGCUACUUCAAAGUUGUACAAGGACAUGGAAAGUCAUUUUCUGAUUGAACUCGCGUAGCAUUUAUCCAUGCAAUGCAUUUGCUUGACAACGCGAGAUGCAGUAUCAGAAAGCAUAUGUGAUAGUUAGUAUACAAUGUCACAGUGUAGUGCUAUGCAAACCAAUGACGAUUUCAGCGACAUCUACAUUUAUAGAACAUUAUGUGCAAUGAUUCAUUUCAAAGCGUGAAAACGCAUUUAACAUAGUGAAAGCGAGUGCGAGACAAGUUCCCAUUUUGUAAAUACACGUAUGCUCUUCGUCUCUAUUUCUAAUUUGGAAAGAGACGUGUUAUUAAUCAAAAUACAUAUAAUUGUCAAUUCAAUAAGCAUGUGUACAUAUAUCAUCGCGGAAGACUAUAAUUUAUUUUGUAUAUACAAGUGAUGAAUGUCAAUAUAUAUACCAGACAAUGUUUAGGUUCUCUUAAAUAUUCUUUAUUGCUUUUUCACAAAUGACUACACCGAAAAUAAACUUCUAUAUUCCAAAUCGUGCAAUCAAAACGUAAAAACACUCAAAAGGUGAAAUUGGAAGUUUUGAAUUUGGCAAUAAUACACCGAACUAUAUAAAAAAACCCACAAAAAUAUAAAUCUCAACUAGGUACCCGGUUGUGACAACUUUCAUUCUAAGAUGCCCUUUUUUGACAUUCAGAUAUGUACCCGGUUGUUGUGACAACUUACAUUCUGAGAUGCCCCUUUUUGACAUUCUGUUAUGAUCUUUUUGUAUGUAUAUUGUGAUAGCGCUAGCAUUGUUCUAUUUUGUUGUCUCAUUUGUUGUAUUUUGUUACAAUAUUUUUAUAUGAAAAACAGUAUUUGUAAAUAUUAUUUUUUUUACAUCUGUUAACAUUCAAAAUGAAUGAUUUAUUUAUUAAAAUUAGAAUUUA